CUACGGCAAGGGCGGCAAGACGUCCAGCGGCGGCGCGGCAGCAAGACAGGACCACCGGGCGCAAGGGCGGCAAGGCGGCAGCGGAGGCGGCAAGACAGGAACAUCGGCCGCAAGGGCGGCAAGGCGGCAGCGGAGGCGGCAAGACAGGACCAUCGGCCGCAAGGGAGGAGGCCAGCUGCUGCAAGGCGGCAAGACAGGACCACCGACGGCAAGGGCGGCGUGGCUGCAAGACAGGACCACCGGCGGCAAGGGCGGCAAGGCGGCCAGCAGCGGCAAGGAAGGACCAGCGGCGGCAAGGCGGCAAGAUAAGACCACCGGCGGCAAGACGAGAUCAGAGGGACGCAGGCAGAGGAGAACUACGAGCCGCCCGCCAAGAUCUGCCCCAGCGACUCAGCGAGACAUCCAUCCAUCCAUCCAUGGGGGCCGUGUUCUCCCAAUCCCAAGGCAACGGCGUCGACAUAGAAGGAGGCCCGACCAACGUAGGCCACAUGCGUCUGUCACUGCUACCGUUUGCUCCGCCGCCGGAUGUAGCGCAGCUGGCGUACGCGCUGUUGGUGCUGGGCUACCUCACGUUUCUCCUGGCCCUAACCACCGUGCUCCACCUGCCGGCCGCGGGGCCGGUCUUUGGCCGCUGCGCUGCGGCCUACUACGCGAUUCUGAUGAUCAUCUUAGCCGUCUUUGUGCCGCUGGAGCUGGGGACCGCGCUCGCGCUCUGCAUGAUGCGCCAAAGCAGCCAGGGCCGCCUCCCCGCCUUCGCCAAGGGCCUCCUGCUCUGCGCCCACGUGCUCUUCCUCGUCGUCAUCGCCAUAAUGGGAACGCUAUUCUUCAAAUUUAGUCUUGUAGAAUUUCUACUUCAAGGAAAUGAAGCCAGUGGUUAAUGAUGUCUUUGGCCCGCACCUUAAUUUGCUACCUCUCGAGUUGUAGCCAGUGCUGAUGUACUGCUCAAGGUAUGUUACUGCCCAAUCUUUAGUAUAUACUGUAUGAUGUAGCCAGAUCUUUAGCAAUUCUGUUAUAUCCUUGCUUCAUCUGUCUUAGUUAAAAUAAUAUAUGCUAGGGAAGUAAAAUAGUUACAAAUGUUUCAUAUUCUAGUGACACCAGAUAUUGCUGCUCUUGUCUCUUGAAAUUGCAAAAUGAGUUUUGGGCUGCUCCAUAGUAGGAAUAGUUGUGUUUGCCCGAGGAAGUCACUAAAUUGUACCCAAGCCUAAUUACAGGGGCUACUUUCACCAAGUACCACGUGUUACAUUCUAAGUUUUUGAAUUGUACGCCUCUAUCUAGCUACUGGACAUCCGUGCCUUUUACUUUCUAUUGUCCUGCUGAUAUUUCAUAAAGAAAAAUAUCAAUCCACUGUGUGAUAAAGUAAAACAUGUUCUCAGUCUGUGGCAUAAGGAUGUCAAGGAUGCUUUUCGUAGUUGUACUGACGUUGUCUGAUUUAUUUUGAAUCUGUUGUAGUAUUAUACUCCCUCCGUUCCUAAAUAUAAGUCUUUUUAGUGAUUUGAAUGUGGAUUACAUAUGGAGCAAAACGAGUGAAUCUACACUCUAAAAUAUGUCUAUAUACAUCUGUAUGUAGUCUGUAUUGAAAUCUCUAAAAAGACUUAUAUUUAGGAACGGAGAGAGUACACGGGUAACUAUGUUCAGACACUUUCUCAUUGUUCCUUAAGUUAAAAUGGUGGCACCCUGUUGUAAAAUCUGUUGAUUACAUUCUGAACUGUCAUUAUCAGUUGUCCUCUGAAUACACACCCCUUAUAUUCUGAAUAGUCAGUAUUUUCUUCUGCAAAUGUCUCAUAGAAUAUGCACAGCAAGACGUGCUCUGUUUUUUUGUUUUGAAGGUUUGCUCUGUCAGCUUGGCUUCCUUCAGUACGGCUUCUCCCACACGGCGGUGUAUAUCCUGCGCUCGCUCGACGUGCUCGCGAGUGAGGCACUCCAGGAGGGGCUCAAGGAGUACUCCAGCUGACCCACCUUGCCGGAGCAUUACAUUGACGGUGUUUCACAGAAUACGAUCAGCAAGAUGUUCUCUGCUUUCAUGUUUACUGCGGCCACAGUUUCCAGGUGGUCUGCAUUGAGGUCUUGCCAAAGCAGCGCUCAACGUUUCUGGUCGGCUUCCUGCAGUGC